UGAUGCUAGUUUAGCAUUAGCUUCUUGUGCGCUCCGGGACGCCUUUACUUUGCUUUUGUACCAGUGUUAUCUUACCUUUUUACAUUAAACCAGCUCUUACCUGCUAUUCCUGCUUGUCCUUGGUCCUCGUGCAUCCGGGGGUGACACAACAUGCGCAGACGAUGCGUUCCAAACGUGAUACCAUGUUUUUUAGAAAUGUGUUAAAGUAACAAAACUGAGUGAAACCCAGCAACACAACUAAAGCGUAUUUUUUAUACUUUUUUUAUUUUUAAGAAAUACAUAUUAAAGUGGACCGCUAAUGAAAAUGUAGUUGAGAAAAUGUACAGUUUAAAUAUAUAUCUUAAAGAUGAACAUCUUGUUUUCUCAAAACAAGUAAUAACGUCACAAAAGUGCCGUCUUUCAGCAGCAGUUUAGUUUCUAAUCCAACUUCGUACUGACGCUUUGGCAUUGUUUAACUCUAAUAUCCAACAUUGUAUCGACUUUUAUAAGUCAGAAAAGCAAAAAAUCAUUGUAAGCCCUCUUUAAUGUAUACUUGGAAUAAGGAGUAACAGAAAUACAUGGAUGUACUGUAAAUAAGAUGACAUUUCUAAAGAAUAAUACAUUUGUAGUUAAACUUAAUGAAAAUGUCUAAUUUAAGAAAGGGAGACAGGAAAACAAAACAAUUUUAACAGUGUUCAAUGUUGUUUAAGGUAAUAUUUUAAAUUGUAUUAAUUUAUAAUGGAAUCAUAUCAAUAUACAGAACAUUUGCUAAAUAAAACAAAAUAUUUUACAGUUCAUUUUAUCGUGCAUUCAUGCAGUUAAUUUCCAGGGGAUGCAAAUGGCAACACUUCAGUGGAAUGGCCCAUGAAACAACCACUAAGCCGUAUAACUAUUGCUGAUGUGCAGCACAUAACCAUACAUUCUCAAGAUGGAGCAGCUGCAGUGGCUACUUCUUGCAGGAGCUCUGUGCUCUUGUGUUUUUGAUGUUUCCCUCGUAACCUCUUAAGGCCCAAGCUGUUUGUUUACAUGCUUUUCGUAUUUCUCUUUGCUAUUUGGACUUAUAGGACCCUAAUUAGAACAAAAACUAAGAAUCAUCUUUUGAUAUGAUGUACUUAGUCCAUAUGUAACAAACGUGUACUUCAUGUUUAGUGACAUGCUAAUUCUUAUUUUUACCCUUUUUUUUUUUUUCCCAAAUUCCAUUUUAUAUUAUACUCUUCUGACACCACCAGAUGGCAGUAUAAGUAUCCACAUGAGCACAUAAAACCCCAAUUCAGUAGUGGACACAAUUUGGGAAAUAAUAGCUAAAAGGUGCUGUCCACGCAUGUGGCCAACUAAGGGUAAGUUUUUUUGUUUGACUUUUGAAUCAGGCCUUUUCAGGACUGCACAACAAAGGGUAGCCCUUUUGUGGCUUUUGCGCUGCUUUUUUGUGAACUUUUGGACCUGUUUCGAGGCAUGGUCAUGUUUUGAGACCAGCUGCUGUCUUCCUGCCACAUCGGAGUUCUCGUGAAGAGACCUGAGAGGAUGCAAAGGAAGAGACGGGGCUGCAGCGUUAGCGUUGAGCAUCAGGAUGGACCAGUUUCACAUAGCCAUGGCUGAAUGAGAAUAGACAUCAGACAGUCACUGGACGAAUUCUUGAUCAUCUGCGCGGACUAGGCAUUGACUGGACAUUGGCCAAUAGCUAGUGGGCAGUCUAGGAUGGAAUCAGCUCUCUUGGUUGCUUGGUUGGGUCUGUUCCUGUCUCUGGUCGUGCUGCCCCCACCAACAGACGAUGGCGUGGAGCACCAUAGGGGCCACCGUGGUGUAUAUGGGUGUUGAAAUGUUUCUGUUUUGUUUUGUUGCUUGUGUUGCAAUUGAAUGUGCACAAUAUGUAUUAUCUAUUGCUGGUAUUUUGUUAUUUCCUUUGUUUUAUUUUUGUUGCUGUAUGUAGAAAUAGCACUUUUGAGUUUGCAGCUCGUUGCAUCAGCUCUGUGCUCCCUUAAGGUGUUGUUUUUUUAAUGCAUUUUUUUCUUUAUUGCAUUGUUUUCUUCAAUGCAUUGAACAAAGAGAACACAGUCUACAAAGUCAAAUUGCUUGUGUGUUAAAUAUACUUGGCCCAAAAAAUCGUAUUCUGUUUCUGAUAAAGGGGAAUUUAGCACAUAAGCAAACUUCUACCUGGUUUGCAGAGGACUUUGAAAUAAAAAUAACUAACGACUUGAGAAUGAUGAACACAUUUUUUUUCCCCUUUACACUGAUGGAUGGGUUGUUUGUGUUAGCUGAUGAAACAGCUAACACAAACAAUCUCCAGGAAACUGACAAACUAUAUCAAUAACAACGUAAAAAACAUUUUAAUGAAUUUUCUUUUGACUUGAGUUUGGAUGAAAAAUACAUUGUUGUUGUUAUUCAACAUAAAAUAAUCAACAUGUGCAUUUUUCGCCAAAUGUCUUUUCAGAUUUUGGAAACAACAUUAUGUCACGUGCAGUGGUUUCCUGAUCCAAUAAAGAUCUUUCCUUGUAUUUUAGUUAAGUCACAAAAGAUAAAUAUGGUAAGCUAUAGGUUACUAGAAGUUAGCAGCUACACAAAAGAUAAGCACACAAUAGCACACAAGCUAGAUACAAAUAGGUGUCCUUAAUUUAACAAUAUUGCAGUCGGAAAUACAUUUUUUGUCAAUACAAACAAGUACUAAAUAAAUAAAGUUGCAUUUUACUUACAUAUACAAAGUAUCCAAAGCAGAAGCGUAUUUGAAACUAUCCAACAAACUUCCGGAAUCAUGAACUUAAAUUACAUAAUUAUAAUGACCACUCGGUAUCGCCAAAAACAAAUUAACAAUCCACUUUAAAAUAAUAAAUAUGUCAUAAGUUUAGUGUUUUUCAUACCUACCAUUGUUCUCUGAAUAAUUUCACUUGAUAAAACAUUUUUUUGGACAUUCCACAAUACAAAAAUAAUAAAACUAUGUACUAUGGUUCCAGUAUUGGAUUAAUAUCUGUAUCGGCCAAUACUCAAGGCGCCAAUAUUGGCACUGUGUUGGAAGUGAAAAAGUUGUAUCAAGACACCCCCUAGUUACAGCCAUCCAUUCAUUUUCUACCACUUGUCCCGUUCGUCCGUGACUCAAACCUGGGUCAUUCAGCAUGAAAGGCGAGCAUGUUAGCUACCGAGCUAUCAGCCCGGUAAGCAGCUCUUCUCUUACGGCUGUCAGAGAGUUAGGUCUACCAAUGUACACAUGGCCCAGCCACUUGGGCUGACCUCUGUUACACAUCUUAACAAAUUAUAAAACAGCAACUAAUCACGUCCAUGUUGCCGGACAAUGCUUGACUAAUUGACCUGAGACUUGUUGACACUUAAACCUUAGGACCUGUUUGAGAUUUGAACCAAGUGACUAGAGACUAGGGCAGAUCGAGAUAUCUAAAUGGAUAUGUGCAUGGCAUUUUGACAAAACAACAUUGAAUUUAAGAGGGCACUGCAUUUAUUCUUCAUUUUGCCUAUUAUUCACAAUCCCUAUGUAAGACAAGAACUCAUAUCUCUUUAAUGCAUUCUAAUUUGUAAUAAAUGUCAAGUCUGAGAUGGCUAACAAUGAAGCUAAUGGGAAUUAUCUAUUGCGUCAAUAAAACCCUUUAAAAAACCAUCAGUUUAACACCAACGAUGCUCCUUUUACCAUGCGUGACCUGUAUAGUAUCAACCAAGUGCUAGCGAUAUUGUUAUGAGUGCCAACGCUGAGGAACCAGUUUUAGCUGCACCAUGAUCACAGAGAGGGAACUAGCUUAUGCAACUAUUGACAUACUGAACUGCUGCUGCAUCGCCUCUAAAUCAGUCAAAGUUAAUUCUAGACAUGUUCUUGGCUCAUUGUCUCAAUUGUGAAUGGUAAACAAAAUUUAAAAAAAAAGAGCAAUUCCUCUUUAGGAUGUGCACCAUGACUGAAGCUUGAAAUUGGAUUAUCCGAUUAGGAGGUUGGAUAAGACUUCUUACUUCACUUGGUAUCAAUGAUUUAGAUUCAGAUUUGUACUCUUAAAUGACGGAGCUGGUUCAGGUAUUGAUUAAGAAUUGGACCAAGCUUCCAGGGACUGUUUAAGUUAGCAGAUAACUACCCUGUGGUUUUGAAUACAGGUCUACGGUGUCAAAGAGAUAGCAUAUCAAGUUAAUUUGUCAGAGACUUUGAACCUGGUUGAAAUUUCCAACUAAAUGACUUUAAAUAAUUUGUGGUUGGGCCAAUAAACUUUGGAAUAGACGUAUGACUUGGAUAGCCUUAUUUCCACAGAGACUUCCACUCUAAUAGAUGUGUCAUUUAUAUAAUACAAACAAACACCAUACCUCCUAAAGAAAACUGCUUUUUUUGACUAGAGUAACACAAAAACUUCCCACAUGGACAGAACAUAAAAAAAUUCUAACACAAUUCUGGUGCUAGCGCUGUUGCUAACACAAAUAUAUACUGAGUAAAGUGUGACAACUCCAUCCAUCCAUCCAUUUUUUUCUCCCACUUGUCCCUUUCAGGGUCACGGGGGGUGCUUGAGCACAUCUUAGCUGCAUUCGGGCGGUAGGCAGUGUACACCCUGGACAAGUCGCCACCUCAUCACAGGGCCAACACAGAUUGACAAACAACAUUCACACUCACAUUCACUCACUAGAGCCAUUUUUAGUGUUGCCAAUCAACCUAUCCCCAGUUGCAUGUCUUUGGAGGUGGAAGAAAGCCGGAGUACCCGGAGGGAACCCACGCAGUCACAGGGAGAACAUGCAAACUCCCCACAGAAAGACCCCGAGGCUAGGAUCGAACACAGUACCUUCGCAUUGUGAGGCACACGCACUAACCCUUGUUCCACCGUGCUGCCCAGUGUGACAACUCAUAUGUUGUAAACAUCGUGCCCUGUGCAGUAUUCGAAAUAAUCUUAAUGUAUGUAGGUAAAGCAUGAAGUCCUUUUUCUUUGUUUUAAACUCCAGUUUUACUUGACAUAUUUCAAGUAUAUAAAGUACUCUCAAAAAGUUAUGGUUAUUUGGCUUUUGUGUGUAAUUUCAGGUUGAACCUUCACAGGCUGUAGUGUAUUACAGUAAUAAAUUUGACAAAUGACUUGAGACCUGCAGACGUGCCCCAAUGCAGACGUACUCCUGUGAGGUCUACUUGUGUGUCUCCAAGUAAAAACAGUGGAAGGACUGUGGUGUGGGAGAGGACUCUAAUGUGGGGUGGAAUUUGUCUGAAAUAGCUGAGCAUGUCAGUAAUCCGUCAUUUCACUCGCUGAUCCCAGUGGCAGCAGUGCGUGAAAUUUCCAGUCUUCAAACCGACUUGACGCUGGCUAAUUUUCUGACUGAACUUCACCGCUGGUCGCCAUCAGUUGAGUGUGCAGCUAGCGGAUAUUAAGGUCUAAUGAGGAGGACGCGUGUUGUUAGAGGUGAGGGAAGGAAGGAGGGAGGGGAGAGUCUCCAAGUGCAAAGCUUGAGUAGUAGCAGUUAAAAUGUGAGGUACGGGCUGCGUCUCUCCUGAGGACAUCAAUUUCUUUUUGCAGCGCCUAAAACCUGCGUUAUCAUGGAAAAGACACACAUCAGCAUCCAGUGUUUGAUGUUUUUCUUCCUGUUUUAUGUGCAAGAGGGAUUAUCAGGAGAUUACUCGCCUCAUCUUGGACAAAAUCUCCUAUUAAAGCCAGCAAUGUCCCGGAUGUGUGGUAAUGUAUUGACACAGCAAUGACUUGUGUGCCAAAUGAACAUUUGAAACCCACGCGUUCGCCCUCCCGCUCCCUGUGUACAGUGAGAGUAUUUAUUUCCCCGCCAUUCAUGAAUGGUUGUGAUUCAUGGCGCACAGAGCCAGACUGUGGCCACAACUUCAAACAGAGGAAAGCGUCAAAGCAAACCAGCCAAACCAGUGCUGAAGGUGACUGACUACCACGUGAAAUGUUCCGUGGUUUCCCGCUAUGCUGUCACCACAGUCCACAGUUCCAUAUGGAACCAGCUGGCCAUCACCAAAGAGGCUGCCUUCGAGGUCGACCUACCCUCCUCUGCUUUCAUCUCCAACUUCUCCAUCACCUCCAACAGCAAGGUAUACGCAGCCCAGGUGAAGGAACGAGCCACAGCCAGGAAAAUAUACGACGCUGCUAAGAAGCAAGGAAAAACAGCAGGACUUCUCGCCACCAAAGAAAGGGAGAUUGAGAAGUUUCGUGUAGCAGUGAGCGUACCGCCAGGAGCUCGGAUGUCCUUCAGCCUGACUUACGAGGAUCUGCUACCUCGUCGACUUGGCCGCUACGAGCUAAGCGUGGGUCUGAGGCCCGGCCAGCCUGUCCAGAACCUUACAUUAGAUGUCAGUAUAGCAGAGAGAACAGGCAUCAGUUUCAUCAAGGUCCUCCCUCUCAGAACCAGCCGACUACUGUCGAAUGACGCUCAAGGUGCUGCAAACCCUCCUGCAUCUACUCAGGUUGAACAAAGUGUCAACUGCGCUCAUGUUCGUUACAGUCCCACUCUUCAACAGCAGAACAUCAUUUCCCCCAAGGGUCUCAAUGCAGACUUUGUUAUUCAGUAUGAUGUGAACCUCACAGACCUCAUGGGUGAUAUCCAGGUGUUUGAUGGCUACUUUGUGCAUUACUUUGCACCCAGAGGACUUCCUGUGGUUCCCAAAGAUGUUAUAUUUGUCAUUGAUGUCAGUGGCUCCAUGAUAGGCACCAAAAUCAAACAGACAAAGCAGGCAAUGAGCACCAUCCUCACAGACCUGAGAGAAGGAGACCAAUUCAAUAUCAUCACUUUCUCGGAUAAUGUUCACACGUGGAGGAAAGGGCGUACAGUGCGGGCCACUCGACAGAAUGUACGAGACGCCAAAGAGUUUGUAAAGAGGAUUAUUGCUGAAGGAUGGACUAAUAUCAAUGCAGCUCUUCUCUCAGCUGCCCAGCUCGUCAACACUCCGUCCUCUGGCUCCCGUCGUGUCCCUCUUGUGAUUUUCCUCACUGACGGUGAAGCUACCAUGGGAGUAACCACAGGUGACACCAUCCUUAGUAACGCCAAAAGGGCGCUGGGUUCAGCGUCUCUCUUUGGCCUGGCUUUUGGAGAUGACGCAGAUUUCCUACUCCUGAAACGUCUGGCGCUGGAUAACAGAGGCAUCGCUCGGAUGGUUUAUGAGGACGCCGACGCCGCCUUGCAGCUGAAGGGCUUUUACGAUGAAGUAGCCAGCCCGUUGCUCUCAGACAUCCAGCUGAAUUAUCUGGAUGAUCAGGCGUUUGAUGUCACCCGCUCACUGUUCCCAAACUACUUCCAAGGCUCUGAGUUGGUGGUGGCCGGAAGGUUCAAACCGGGCCUGAAGGAUUUGAAGGUGUCCUUAUUGGCCUCUGAUAACAAGCAGCGUGUCAAGCUGGAGAAUGAUGUCUUGAUCUCUCCUGCAGGCCAGAACAAUACUUCACGCUCACUGGGGUGCUUAGGGGGUUCUGAAGGCAUCUCCAGCUUUGUGCAUCGCCUCUGGGCCUAUUUCACCAUCAAGGAGUUGCUUUUAGCCAAACUCAACACCACUGAUGCUGUCACCCAGAAGCUGCUGGCUGACAAGGCCACCAAUCUGUCCCUCAAAUAUAACUUUGUUACACCUGUCACAUCUUUAGUUGUAGUCAAACCAGAUGCAGAUGAAAUAACUCCAACCACUGCAAAGCCUACAGUCUCAGCCACAACACUGACAAGCUCCCCUACAACCAAAUCAGGUGCUGGUGCGUCAAAGAAGCCCAAUUCUUUCGCCAUCAAAAUAAAACCAAACCCACCUCAGCCACCUCCCAGAGAAACUAAAAAAACAUCAGCACCACUUUCCAUGGCAAAAACUCUGAAAACAACGACAACCUCAAGCCCAGCGUCCAACAAAACCCCGCCAGCACUAUUCUCUGGCAAAAAGCCUUCACAAAAUGAUUCUCAAAUUGCCCCACCGACUCAUGAUGGAAAAAUUUCUACCUCUGUGCUCCAUUUUCUUAAAACAGUCCCGCCUCCUGCACCUGGAAAAGUCUCCACCCCUUUUCCCAGCACCAUGAAUACAACGCCGCCAACCACCAGCACCACACGGCCCAGCUCUCCUCCUCCCCUAAGCCCCCAGCCUGCUCCAACUGUUACAGAGGUAGAGAGCACCACCACAUCACCCAUUGAUCAUGCAAACGUCACCACUAUGCAGCCACAGCUCUCGUCCACGCUCACUCCGUCCACUCAGACAACUUCAUCCGCCGCUCAAGAUUUAGAAGGAAACAGCAGAAACGCCGCAAUUGAGAGUGACGUGCACGUUGCCACUCUCAUAGAAGCCACAUUUUCCCCCAUGCCAGGUGCAACGGACGGGCCAAGGCUGUGGGAGGCGGCAGGACUCCUGGAUGUCUCUACCUCUAUUCAAAUCCAGAGAAAGGAUAUUGAUCUUGUAAAAGAUUAUGACACAAGCUAUGAUUAUGACUAUGAUCUCAACUAUGAUGCAUGGGGCAAUGCAGCAGACACAGAAUCUUUUGAACCUCCAUCCAGACUGAGCGCUGAGCACUUUUCCUCAUCAGUUGAUGGAGAUCCUCAUUUUGUGGUUCAGUUGCCAAAGCAACAGCAGAACUUGUGUUUCACUGUAGAUGGAAGAGCUGAUGAUGUGCUCAGGCUGGUGGAAGACCCACAGAUAGGUCUCAUCGUGGAUGGUCACCUAACAGGAGCUCCCUCCAAGCGUGGUGUUGAAACCCGCUCCAGAACAUACUUUGACCAGCUGACCAUCUCCGCCGCCACAGGACGCUCAGGUGACAUCAUGAUCAGUGUCUCACUAGACAAGGUGGUGGUGGAAGGAGAAGGGCGGGAUACUCUUAGCAUCAAUCAAACAGGAAAGAUAACGAGGCAGGGUGUGACGGUUGUCAUGGACAACCACCGGGGCUGCCGGAUCGAACUGUCCAGGGGUGUUCAGUUCUUGGUUCUCUUCCACCGCUACAAACACCCCAGCUACCUGCAGAUGGCUCACUUGGGUUUCUACAUCACGUACGGACAAGGGCUGUCUGCCUCCACUCAAGGCCUUCUGGGCCAGUUUCAGCAUGCUGACAUGAGUGUAGCAGCAGUGAAAGACCACCGGGAUGCAGGCCGUCAUCAGGACAACCAUGACGGAACUUUAGCCAGGGGGAUUCUGAAGUGGGAGUCAGAACAGAUGCCAGUCACCUUGCAGGAUAAGAUGCUAAAAGACACAGUACUGACGCGACAUGUUUCCCAGUGUUGGGUGGUGCCCAAGUCGGACCUCGAGAGACUACUGGGUCAUCCAUACGAGAGCUAUGUGGUGGAUCAUGUGUCAUUCUAGCUUAGUCGGCUCCACCCUGUCGCCUCUUUGUUGCACAGCUCAGGUCCAAGUGUGUAUCGGGAAAGUGUUGCUAAACAGAGGAUGAGCACAAGCGCCACUGGAUGACUGUUGUCAUAUUUCUUAGCGACAUUGUUAGGUUUUCUGUGUGGAGCAGAUUAAAGAAUCCAGUAAAAACUGCAUCUACAGAUUAAAAACAAAGACACGCACAAAUAAUAUGGUGUCAGGGCCUUCGCCUUCAUUGAACUGCCUUUAAGCCGCUUGUUCUCUUGUUCACAUGGCAACCAGAGUCUGUUUGUGUAGUCAGCAGCUGCUGAGGCGACAAUCAUUGGUUUGUUUGCCUUUAUUUUGAAAAUGAUGUGUAAUCGUCUACAGCUGUGUUACUAUGAGCGGUACUGUUUAGUAAAAGUAUUAUUGUAUGUAAAAAAUCACAGACAAUUUUUCCAGAUUCUCCAUGUGCUUUUUUUUUAUUUUAUUUUUCUGUCAUUUCAUUUAUAAUUUAAUUAAAUGUAUUUGUUACACAAGACAUUAGGCAUCGUUCACAUACUAGUGAUCAAACAAGGACAGUAAGUUUUCUACUAUUCAGCCUAUUUUCUUUAGUCAAUUCCAAUUGUGGGUCUGAAAGGCCAAACAAUGAAGAAUUAAAACAGUACGACCACA